GGUCGUCGAUACUCUUCACGUCUCUCUCACUUAAUCCUAUAAAAAAAAUAGGAACCCAAACCACUUUAGAUUGUGUUUGUUGUGGUAUUAUUCCAGGGGUAAGGGGUAUUCAUAUCAAUCCCGAAGGUUAUGUGUUAACACUGUUAACUUCGUAUUCAUAAAUUCAUUGUAGCAAAAGGGUUCAGCAAUGAUGGCAGACACACAUGAUACAAUUUCAAUGUACUGUGACUCGACACUAGUUAAAGUUGAGCCGGAACAACUAGAAGAGAUAAAUUCAUCACUUGAGGCAAAACAUUGUGUAGGCAAUGAAGUUUUAGUAACAAUUAAGGAAGAACGAGGUAGAACCACCGCAGUAUCGAGCGAAGAAUGUUCAGUAUAUGAAGUUCCGCAAACUAAAAAUUUUAAAUGUGACAGUUGUAAGUACGUUACAAGUAUGAAGUGUAAUUUAACACGUCAUCUGUUAAUCCAUAAGUCGGAUAAAAAGUUUAAAUGUCGCAAUUGUGAUUAUGCAACAUACAAUAAACAAUAUUUAAAACGGCAUACUUCGACUCAUGAAAUGGUUAAACAAUUUAAAUGCUGUAUUUGUGACUAUGCGGCAAAUCAUAAAAGUCUUUUAAAGCUACAUUUCUUAAAACACAAAGACACCAAAGAUUUUAAAUGUGACAAUUGUGAUUACGCCACGAACAAUAAGCAACAAUUAAAACGCCAUCUUUUAAAAUAUGACUUCGCUAAGCAAUUCGAAUGUGAUAUUUGUAAUUAUACAACUAAUGUUAAUCGAAAUUUUAAAACACAUCUCUUAUCGCAUAAAGUUAACAAAGAUUUUAAAUGCACCAAUUGCGAUUAUGCAACAAACGUUAAACACUCUUUAAAAAGCCACCUUUUAACACAUAAAAAUACGAAGGAGUUUAAAUGUGGCAUUUGUAACUAUGCAACGAACUAUAGACAAGUUUUAAAACGACAUCUUUUAACACAUAAAAUGACUAAACAAUUUAAAUGUGACAAUUGUGAAUAUUUGACAAAUAACAAACAUCUUUUAAAGCAACACUUCUUAACUCACAAAGCCACCAAAGACUUUGAAUGUGGCCAGUGUGAUUUUGCGACUAAUAAUAAAUAUAUUUUUAAAGCACACCUUUCCAUGCACACCGUGACUGAAUGUCUAAAAUGUGACGUUUGCGAUUUUUCAACUCGCAACAAAUACUACUUGAAUGAACACCUCUUAGCACACAAACUUGCCGCACAGUUUAAGUGUGCCAGCUGUGAUUAUACAACCAAAAUGAAAAGGCACUUAAUACAACAUCUGGUCGUGCAUAAAGUGAAAGAUUUAAAAUGUGCCAAUUGUGAAUAUACGACGAGUACCAUGUCUUGUUUGAAACGACACCUCUGGAAGCAUAAGGUUGUCAAAGAUUUUAAAUGUGACCAUUGUACUUAUGCCACAGUGAAUAAGUAUAGCUUGAAACGACAUCUCUCCACCCACAAUGUUUUGAAAGAUUUUGUAUGUGAUCAUUGUGAAUAUACAACAAAAAGUGCACCCUACUUUAAACGACACCUCUUGAUACACAAAUUUGCUAUAAUGGCAGACAAUGAUGACUUAGUACUUGUUAAAGUCGAACCGACACAAGAAGAAGACAUAAACACAUCUCUCCAAGAAACUAUUCUCGUAAACAACCAAAUUUUGGCGGAAGAUUCUGAAUUAAGAUAUGACGGAGAUGUCCGGCAACAGUCGACGAGUAGUAAACCUCACACUUGUGAAUUGUGUCCGUACGCAACAAGUUUGAAAUCGAGCCUUAAGGAACACUUAUUAACUCACAAAACUUUUAAAGAUAUUAAAUGUGCCGAUUGUGAUUAUGUAACACAUUCGAACGUGCUUUUAAAACAUCAUCGCACACUACAUAAUGAUGCUAGAGACUUUCAGUGUGCAAGUUGUGAUUACGCGACAAGUGUUAAAAAACGUUUAAGAGAUCACGUUGUACUGCACAAAGUUACUAAAGACUUUAAAUGUGGGUACUGCAAUUAUGCAGGACGGCGUAGAGGGUCUUUACGUAACACACCUCUUAAGACAUACGGCUGCACAUCUUAAAUGCUACCAUUCGAACGAUUACGCAACACACACUAAGGGUCUUUUAAAAAGGCACCUUUUAAGGCAUGGAGGUAAAGGUUUUAAAUGUACACACUGUACAUAUGCAUCACACGAUAGAGCCAAUUUUACAUGUCAUGUCUUAAGCCAUAGGGCUACAAAAGAUUUUAAAUGUGUACUUUGUAAUUUUGCAACGCAUGCUGAAAGUUAUUUAAAAAAACACCUCAAAAAACACAAACCUGUUCAAGAUUUUCAAUGUGUCCACUGCGAUUAUGUAACACAUACGAAACAGCUUUUCACAUUACACAUAAAACGGCAUUUACCAACUGAGGAAGCGGCAGCCGCUAAACCUUUUAAAUGCGGUUAUUGUAAUCACGCAACUUACCACAGAUCUCAAUUAAAAGAUCACCUAAGAACGCACAUGGUUGUUAAAGAAUUUAAAUGCGACAAUUGUACUUUUACAACAAAUUAUAAACGUAGACUUGAAAAACACUCCCUAAAACACAAAGGUGUUAAAGAUUUCAAAUGUACGCAUUGCGAUUAUGCAACGUAUAACCCGGUUUAUUUAAAGCAGCAUCUUUUAGUACAUAAAGUUGAUAAAGAAUUUAAAUGUGGCACUUGUAAUUACGCAACAAGUGCUAAACAUCUUUUCAAAAGGCACAUUGUGAAACAUACAACUAAAAUAGUUACUAAACAUUUUAAAUGUGCCCAUUGUGAUUAUCAAACGCAUAUUAAAUCUCGUCUGACGAGACAUUUUUUAACGCAUAAAUUUGUUAACGAUGUAAAAUGUCCCCAUUGCGAUUAUGCUACAAAAGAUGAAAUAUAUUUAAAAGUACACCUCUUACAACAUAAAGCUACGAAAGAGCUUAAAUGUAACAUGUGCGCUUAUGAAACAAAUAAUAAACAGUGUUUCAAACAACAUCUUAUAAAAAUCCAUUUUUUAUAAGCAUGUUUAAUAAUAAUAUAAAUAUUAAACAUGCUUAUAAAACAUGUUUAAUAAUAAUAAACAGUGUUUCAAACAACAUCUAAAAAUUCCAUUUAUGUAAUGUAUAGGUAUUGAUAGGUAAUACAAUAUUUACAACCUUUUUAUGUUAAAUAGGCAAUGAUUGUAUUUUUAUUAAAUAGGUACAUUAAAUUUCUUUCUUAAUUAAUCAUUGUACUAUCAGCAAGUGACAAAGGAUUCUUGUAGCCAAUAGUAGAUAGAAGUUCCGCGCGUAAGCAUCCACUUCUGACGCGUCGUUUUUAAGAGUGGUACCAGCAAAAUGCAACAUAUGAGGCCUAUACGGAUCUAUAACGGUGAAAAACCAGUUAUUUGUGGGUAGUCUUCGAUUAUUUCAGUAAAUGUGUAUCAUUUCCAUGAAAAGAUAGUUUGAUUCGCAAGUAAAAAACACGCUUUCUGCUAAUACCGGAAUCACCUAAGACUUCUCGUCAUAUGCAACUUUUUUACAUUUACGUUUUGCUUUAGAUUUUGAUAUGUGUUUAUUGAAAUUAUGACGGAUUUAUGUAUUUUUUGCAUUUGUUUGCCAGGUUUUUUCUUUGCUAUUUUUGUAUAUAGGUUUUGUAAGAGAUGUUUGAGGGCAACCGUGCUUUUGUAUGAUUUUAUGUAAAAGUGACAACACUGUUUUCUAUAUGUUACGAAGUUAGGCAUGUAGAUAAGUUCAGUCUGUUCAGUCAUAUGAAAAAUGAGAUGGCGUCAUAUUGUACCCAUAUAUAUA